AUGGAUCCUCAGGGACUGUCAGGGGGACAGUCUCAUUUCCUUGCUCUGGACCCAAGUAAAUACACACAUUACAGACAACAAUUAGCCCGAGCGCGUUUACAGACACAUCCCGGUUUCCAGAUGAAGGUGGUGAAUCUGAAGCAAGCCAUUCUGCAGGCCUGGAAGGAGCGCUGGAGUGAUUACCAAUGGGCCAUCAACAUCAAGAGGAACUUCCCCAAAGGAGCGACAUGGGACUAUCUAAAUCUGGCAGAGGCUCUAAUGGAACAGGCUAUGAUUGGUCCAUCUCCCAAUCCUCUCAUCCUCUCUUACCUCAAAUAUGCCAUCAGCUCGCAGAUGGUGUCUUAUUCCAGUGUCCUUGCAGCAAUAAGCAAGUUUGAUGAUUUCUCUCGAGAACUUUGCGUCAAAUCCCUGCUGGAAAUAAUGGAUAUGUUUUGCCAUCGCCUGAGCUGCCACGGUAAAGCAGAGGAGUGCAUCGGUCUGUGCCGCUCUCUGCUGGGCAUCACCGUGUGGCUCCUUCAGGGCUGUGCCUUUUACUGUGACCGACUGCGAGAGCUCGGGCCUGUACCCAGCACUGAAGCCAGCCUCGCCGCCUGCCAGGAGCGGCUGCACGGCCUCCUCAGCAGCACCAAGAACCGGGCCCUCAUCCACAUCGCUCGGCUCGAGGAGCAGAGUUUCUGGAGUAAUGUGGAGCAGGCGGUGCUGAAAGUGAGCGAGGGCCUCAGCAGCGUCUCCAACCAGACGUUAAAGACUAAGGUUGAAGAAAGCCUCGCACUCGUGAAAAGUGUCCCGCAGAUGUUGACGAUGCCCUCAGAGCCGGCCGUCAAUGUGUCCUUCCCGUCGGUCCACGCCUUUGUGAUGCUGGAGGGGACCAUGAACCUGACCGGAGAACUGCAGCCUCUGGUGGAGCAGCUCAUGAUGAUCAAGCGGAUGCAGCACAUUCCGACGCCGCUCUUUGUGCUGGAGGUGUGGAAAGCGUGCUUCACCGGCCUCAUCGAGUCUCCAGAGGGCACCGAAGAGCUGAAAUGGACGGCUUUCACAUUCCUCAAAAUUCCACAAGUUUUACUGAGGCUUAAGAAGUACCCAAUGAGAGAAAGAGGACAGGAUUUUAUGGAUGAUGUAAAUAUUGCGUUUGAGUAUUUGCUGAAGCUCACGCCGUUGCUUGACAAGGCUGAUCAGAGAUGCAACUGUGAUUGCCUUGGAAUGCUGUUACAGGAAUGUCAUAAGCUGGUGUUGUUGUCAGAAUCAAACACAGCCAAUCUAACGGCCAAAAGGUACAGAAAUAGUGUAACGACAGAGGACAGGGAAUAUGCCCCAAAGCUGAAAACUGCAGAAAAUGCAAAUAUCCAACCGAACCCCGGCCUUAUCCUGAGAGCGGAGCCCACUGUGACGAAUAUCCUCAAGACUGUUGAUGCAGACCACUCAAAGUCUCCUGAGGGACUCCUGGGGGUCCUUGGACACAUGUUGUCUGGCAAGAGCCUGGACUUGCUUCUCGCAGCAGCUGCAGCUACAGGAAAGCUCAAAUCUUUUGCCCGAAAGUUCAUCAAACUGAAUGAAUUUCCCAAACACAUCGCUGGGGAAGGAUCCAAGUCAGCAUCUGUGCGAGCGCUUCUCUUCGACAUCUCUUUCCUCAUGCUGUGUCAUGUGGUGCAGACAUAUGGGUCAGAGGUAAUAUUAUCAGAUCCCAGUCCUUCUGGAGAGACCCCCUUCUUUGAAACCUGGCUGCAGACGUGUAUGCCAGAAGAAGGCAAAAUCCUAAACCCAGACCACCCCUGCUUCCGACCAGAGCCUGGUAAAGUGGAGAGCCUGGUGACCCUUCUCAACAACUCCUCUGAAAUGAAGCUAGUUCAGGUCAAGUGGCAUGAGAUUUGUCUGAACACGCCGGCGGCCAUCUUGGAAGUCCUGAAUGCCUGGGAGAAUGGGGUGCUUUCUGUCGAGGCCGUGCAGAGGAUCACUGAUAACAUAAAAGGGAAAGUCUGCAGCAUGGCCAUUUGUGCUGUUGCGUGGCUGGUGGCUCAUGUCCGCAUGCUGGGGCGGGACGAGCGAGAAAAGCCACAGACCAUGAUUCGACAUCUUGUGACGCCGCUGUACGGAGAAAACACGCUGCAGUUUUACACUGAACGUGUCAUCAUCAUGAGUUCCAUCAUGGAGCACAUGUGUGCAGACAUCUUCCAGCAGACGGGAGCCACAGUCCGUCCCCCAGUAGAAGGUCAUGAACCCAUUCCCUACCGCAACCUCCUCCCAACCAAAGAACCCAUCCAUGCGGCGCUGAGUCAGCAGUUUCAGACAGUGCUGAGGAAAGGAUGGGUCGACAGUCGAGCCCUGCAUCUGUUCGAGAGCCUCCUGAACAUGGGAGGGGUCUUCUGGUUCACUAAUAACUUAGUUAAGGAGCUGCUGAAGGAGACCCGUCAGGAGUGGGCCAAUCGCGUGGCAGAGCUGCUCUACAGCAUCUUCUGCCUGGACACUCCACAGAUCACUCUGACUUUACUCGGCACCAUUCUUCCAAACCUGCUCACCGACUCGGCCCACUGGCACAGCCUGGCGGACCCACCGGGAAAAGCACUGGCCAAGUUGGCUGUGUGGUGCGCCCUCAGUUCUUACUCUUCCCACCAUAAAGGCCCCUUAUCCGCCCGUCAACGCAAAAGACAGCGAGAGGACAUCGAGGACUACAACAGCCUCUUUCCUCUGGACGACACGCAGCCGUCCAAACUCAUGCGUUUGCUGAGCUCCAAUGAAGACGACCCUGUGGCCCUCUCUAGUCCAGGAGAUCGGUCCAUGAGCACGUCCCUGUCCGCCUCGCAGCUGCACACUGUGAACAUGAGGGAGCCUCUGAACAGAGUGUUGGCCAACCUUUUCCUCCUGAUUUCCUCAAUCCUUGGCUCGAAGAUGGCCGGGCCUCACACACAGUUUGUGCAGAGUUUUAUUGAGGAGUGUGUGGAAUGUUUGGAGCAGGGAAGUCGUGGGAGCAUUCUGCAGUUUAUGCCUUUCACCAUGGUCUCAGAGCUGGUGAAGCUGCCAGCCCUCGCCAAACCUAACGUAGUCUUGGCCAUCACAGACCUGUCUCUGCCCCUGGGGAGGAGAGUCGCAGCCAAAGCCAUCUCUGCUUUAUGA